CCAGGAGGUGGCGGCAGUUUAAAUCUCUGCGACUGUCUAGGAGGGUAACAUAACGGCUUGGUGGUGAGCGAGGUACACCAACUUGGCGACAAAUGUUAGCCAAGUGCUAAACUAUUUGUUGUUGUCAAGCCUUUGUCAUAUUGCCGAGCCUAGUUUCAGCAUUUUCAUCUGUCCAUCCCCUUAAAGAAAGUGGAGUCGUCCAACAGAAAAGGUAAUUUAACGCCAGGAUGCUAACGUUAGCCAACGCUGUUUUGAUGAUUGCUAACCAAAAGCUGCUCCCUGCACCUUAGCUUCCAUGUAACAGUUACACCAGGACGAGAGGGUAAAUGUGUUGAUUCUAGAUGGAAAUAAUUCCCCUUUUGAUGAUAAUAAAUUUCGAUUUUUCCUAUUUUUAUACUAGCAAAAGCUAACUGACGCAAGCAAGAUACACUCUGCUACUAUGUAGCAGCCUACCUAAUUUACUAGUUAGCUAACAACCAGUAGAGCUAGCCAGCCAAGCUCAUGUUAACGUUAGAUCUGAAGCUACUGAGGCUAACUUCCCCAUUAAAAUCUUAUGUUUCAACACUGGACGGCGGAUAAUUGUACUGAAUUAUGCGCAUGUAGUUGAAGUCAAUCGUUGUUUCUGUAAUCUGGAGUGAAAAUCUACCCAUUUUAACUAGCGUUAGUUCAUGACUUGUGACACCUGCUGACGAUGUUAACGAUCAAUGUUGCAUCCCCACUCAAUAUCUUGCCACAUUUGAAGAUACAUUUUACUUUUGGUCCCCUCUAUGAAUCGCAUAAUAGUUAUAUGUGCUUAAAUAUGUUGUAUGACUUUUAGGGAUUCCUUCAUGAGCAAGUGUGACGGAGUUUUUGGACUAAGCAUGGGCGAGAGCAAGUUAGGGUGUGCACAUCCGUGCUAUGGUGUCACUUAAGGCUACAUUAAGUAUGAUUCAGUCGUAUACUGUUGGUCCUCUAUGUGAUUAUUCAAUAUGCAUUAUCUAGGUUUGGCAUAUUAAUCUUUCUGAACUCUUUAAUUCAUGAUUUCAAAGCUAUUUUUCAUUUUAUUGUCUUUUUUUCGCUGCAGGCAUUGACAUCCACUCCGCUGCUGGAGUUGCUGUGAGAUUAUGCAGUCAAACAGGUCUGAGCACAGUCACGGGCGGCAAUACAGCGACAGAAGUUCAAGGCUGUGGGAUGACUAUGAUCACAGACGGGAAGAAAGGCAUGAACCUCACAGAGAUGUAUCGCAGGAUUCCUAUCAGAAAUAUGGUGGAAAUGCAAAAAGAGGCAAAAAGAGGACACGCAGAAGUAUAGAGUACAGUGAGUCGCUUAGGAUGCUGUACAGCAAAGACUCAUUUAACAGAGACUUGAGCAGAAAGAGCUCAGCGAGGAGACUCAUGUCUUCCCCUGAUUGGGGUACUUUUGAAAAGAAAAGGCAAAGGUUUACAGAGGAUGAUAGAGAUGAUAACAGAUACAGGCCUGAGGAUAAUACAAACAGGCUGUCACCCGACAGUUUUUCACGUGCACACGUGACCAACGACUUUAAACAAAUGCUACCACAGGAAGAGGAUUUCAAAUACAGGAAAACACCUCAAGACUCCAGACACAAAUAUGUGCAUGAGGAGUUCACCUAUAAGCAACAACAUGACAGACAAUCGUCUGGAUAUUACAAAGAUAGAGUGGGUCGUGAAAGGAGCCGAGACUGUUCACAAGAGAGGAAACGAUCGCGAGAUCGCUCUAAGAGUUAUGUCAAACCUAGAGAGAGGAAUGACAGCCCCUCUACGGAUCAUGAGGAGCAUCUUCAAAAUACAGCAAGGUUUCCAUUGAAUGGAUCUUGUGGACAGUUUUUUGAGAGUGACGUCACCAACCAAAGUCCUGCUGUUCCUGAGCAGAAGUCCCUCAUGGGUUUCCAGCGCUUCCUCAAUGUGCUCAACAAGGGUGUGAACGUCGAAACGCUCACCAAGAUAGUGACUCAGACCUCCACAGAAGUGGGCGAUCCACCGAGUUCUACAUCUUCUUUCGUGAAUACUGAUCAUCCCUGGUCUCCCGGUUAUGCCGGAGGGCAACAGGGAAGCCACCAAAAUACCAGCCACUGGAGUGAGAGUGACGGAUUUCAGAGACGGGCUUCUUCACAGCUUCGUCACAGGUCCUUCAGCCCAAAGGGGCGGUCUCUGUCUGAUGAGAAGUCUCUGCAAAAGAGAGACGGAGAGCAAAGCUACUCCAACAGUAGAUCCAGAUCUCCCUCAGAAGAAGAAAAGACAACACUGACACCUGAAGAUGAGCACAAGCACAGGCAAAUGCAGGAUGUUUUGCAGGCCAUUGGCAUGAAUUUAGGAUCCGAGGAACUGGGCCAAAUGUCCAAUCGGAUCCAAGAGCGGUUAUAUGGAAAGAAGGAAAGUGACCGCCAUCGUAGAGGAAGCAGGGAAAGAGAUACCAGGCAAGCGUUUUCACCACGACCGCACAGUAGAUCAUCAUCAUCAUCAUCCAGCAGAUCUAGUUCCAGCCCGUUAAAUCAGGAAUAUUACAAGAAAAAAGACUCCUAUAGCACUCAGAGUGAUGUAACCGAGGUACACCAAGUACAGGUGCACGAGGGUGUUGAAUAUGGCCAGAAUAGCACCAGUAUCACUUUACAGGAGAGUGACGAAUGUGAAACUUACUCCAAGGAAAGCACGGCUGCAUGUCAAGCAUUUCCUCAAAAUUCAGUAUACACUUUCUUAAAGCCAUCUCCUACACCUGUAAUGCCGAUGUACCCUCCAGUAAACUGUUCAUCACUGCCAUACCCACCUCCUCCUAACUUGCCUCACCUUGGACCCAGGCUUUUCUGGCCUCCCAUGCCUCCCUUCUUCCCCUCCCCCCAGGUCCCACCUGUAAGUAUCUUUCCAGCAGUACUGGCUGAAACACAGCACAUGAGUCAUCCCUAUUCUUACUUCCCGGGUAUAGACCCAGCACUGUACCACUCGGAAAAAUGGAAACCACUGUCAAGGCCCCGCUGUUUGCAAGUCAUUAAAACCAAACAGACCAAACAGCCUGGAUGAAGACAAUUGCAUAGGUUAGAAAUCUGACUGAUAUAGCAAGAAAAAAUUGUGUCUUCUCUCUGGGGAAUAGUAAAAUAUCUUCAUAAAAUAAACAGCUGGGCCUUCACAGAGUUCACCAAAAAAACAACACGAAACACCCAUUGAUAAAAUGAAUAUUGAACAUCUGCAAGCAUCCUGUCCGACAGCAACAAACAAGGCAAUACAUAACACGGACAAGGAAAUGAACAGGCCUCAGGUUUAUUGACAUACCUGGAACUCUGUCCAUUGCCCGCCUAUUGUUCUUACACCCGAAACACAAUGUCACUCCAACGAGAACCACUGUGUGAAGAAAGUGUUUAUUGAUCUCUGAACAUUUAGUUUUCUUGAAUUUGUUUUUAAAGCCAUGAUUUGAUACAUUAGAAUUUUUGCUGAGGUUAUAUUUGUCAACAGAAUUCUUUUUGUCAGAAUUAUCAUGAAAUGGCAUCAUGAUAUUUCGAUCUUCAGAGGGUUUUGGCCAACACAUGAUCUAUAAAAUGUGCUGUGCUGUACUCUUAGUUAAGCUAUUUUCUUUUCUUUUUUUUAUACACAUGCAGAAAAUGAUGUAAAUAUUUGAAUAGCAUAAUAUUAAAUGCAAUGAUUGUAAGUAAAUUGCUGAGAGAUGUUUAAUUGCACCAAUUUUUGUUGACUAUAUUGUGAAGAAAAAAGCAGUUCUCAGAAGAAGGAAACGUUGGAUGGGACCGUCACGUACAACAUUUAAAACGACCCUCCAUGGCAGGCUGCACAGUACAUUCAGUUAUUGAGAAGACUGCAACAUCAGAGUGGGACCAAUCAGGAUCUUGGAAAACAACACUGCAUGGUUUGGAAAAUUGUUUAAUUUUAAUUGAUCCAUUUCUAUACCAAGCAGGUUCACCAUACAUUACAUAUAUUAUCGCAUAGUUUGUAUAGAUACCAUUCUAGACAAACGAUGAAUAGGACAUGUUAAUGAUUUUAGACUUUGGUGAGAGGAACAUGAGAACACACACCUCUCUACAUGAAUGGAGCUGACGCGGAGCAAGUGAAUAGUUUUAACUUCCUGAGAAUCGGCAUCACAAACAACAUGACAUGGUCAUCACACAAGAAGAAAGCUCAUAAAUGGCUGUAUUUCUUAAGGAAACUGAAGACGGCAAAGCUCCUGUGCUCCAAUUCGUGUUAGCUUUUACAGAGGAUCAAUAGAAAGCAUUGUUGAGGUAUCCACCAAUAAUGUCCGAGACACGCUACACCCUAGUAAUUAUCUUGGUGUUAAAAUAAUGAAUACAUCAGUUGAUUUAAUGUAACUAUGAUUAAACAAAUACUUGUAUCGAGGAGAAGGCUGUAGUGCUGGUGAAAACUGCAGAUGAACUCUGAUACUCUAAAUGACACUUCUCAGCCUGGGGGGGCGAGAGACAAGACAAAGAAAGAACGUAAUGACGGUAUCAUAGAGUUUGAGCAUCUGGCUGACACUUGCAUCGGUCCAUGUAUUCCCAUACUGUGUUGUGAUGGUUCAAGGAUGAUUUUGAUUUAAUGUGUGACUUUAUAUCCUUUAUCAAAAUAUAAUGUGAGAAUUAUAAUGCUGAAUGUAUGUGUAAGCAAAAUUAAAUUAGUCAGAGAGACACCCUGUUCAAUGGGGCCUAUGUAUUGAAGCAUCCUUCGCCACACCGGGCAGGCCGUAAAAUUAGUGAAGUAUAGGAUAAACUAUCAGGGUAACAUCAGGCACAUAAAAUGUGCAUUGUAUCCUUAAGGCAUAGACCAUGGGAAGAUACGAUGAGUACUUGUUGUCGAGGUCAUAAAGAAGGGAGGCAGGCGGUCAGAAGCAUGUAUCACAUGUUCCCAUUACACCCCUUCCUCAGAAAAGAGGGGUUAAUGGGGAAGUUGUCUAAACUUUAAAUUAGGCCUGUCAAAAGUUAAUGAAUACUUGUACUGUUUCGUUAAAUGAUCCGAGAAGGACCUGUUGUCUACCAUAUAUGGACAUGAAGGAUGGAGAGGAGAGGAGAGCGAGGCUUACGUGAAGACCGAGUUGAUGACUCCGGUGAGGUGCAUGUUCUAGAGAUUUUGACAUUUUGUAAGAACUUUUCCGAUAUUCAAUUUUUGUAAUUCGAUAUUUUACUUUUUGUGAAAACCAAAUAAAACCGGUCUGUAUUUUGUGCAUUCCGACCAAAGUCCAGUGUUGCUCAUCUCUGUUGGGGUUCCCGUAGUCGCCUAAAGAGUGCACUGACUGCAUACACCGUGACAGAAAGUGGCUGAAGGAUGAAUCCACUCGACUGGGAUCACGGUGCUGUUCGCUCAUUCCAGAGAGGUCUGAGUCCAAAUCACCAGAAUGAUGUCUACAACAGCAUGGAGGAUGCUUCAGUCACCAAUGAGGAGUGGCACACUUUCUGCAAAUAUGCAAGACGGACUGCUGAUGAAACUCAAAGCAGCAUGGGAUGGGAGGAACUCAGUCUUCCCCUGCACAACGUUUACACACAGGACUCAGAAGUUGAGGACGCAGAUGGAGAAGCCCUUGAAAUGGAUGAAGAGGAUCCAGAGCUGGCAAGAAAGCGGAAAGAGCUGAGAGAGAUAGAGGAGCAAAUACUACUUAAGAAAGCUGCUAUUGCCUUGAAAACAGUUGAACCGUUUGUGAAGAGCACAACGUCUCCAGACUUUUCCUGUAAUGAAUCAGCAUCAUGCAUCGGUGCAACUCUUAGAGACAGGGUGAAUUUGAUUUUAAAGCAACAACAUCCUGCCAGCUGUCUGUCAAAGGUCCGUUCACCCAAAGAGAGAAUGAACUCAUCCCGCCUGAGCAAAGACGGUCUGCUGCAGGACGACCAUCCUCUGAAGCUCAGAGUGAAGGCACUAAUGAAGCGGAGAUGUAGCGAUCCAUUUGUUUUGCCAGCAAGCAUCGCGGUCCCUGACCUCACACCACCUCCUUCCAGCCCAAGCAUUACUUCACCAGACAACGAGAACAGCGUCAACGAGGGUUUCCUGCGCUUCCUCAGCGUUCUCAACAAAGGAGUGGACAUGGACUUCCUCAGUAGGAUUGUCAACGAUGACAGUGUGGAUCUUCCUUUGGGUGAGGAGCUCCUCAACAUUCCUGUUCCUGGCGUAGAGAACAAGUCAGAUCCAACCCUCAGGAGAGAGAGCCAGCAAUCAGAUAGUGGAGCCUCGCUGCCGGGCAGCUGUGGAGAGAGGAAAUCUGACCCGCCCAGUCAAGAGAGAUCCCUCAGUGAGAGACUUUCCCCACCUAAUGAUGACGAGAAGAAGAAUGACCGGAGUCGAUCCAAGUCUCCCUCCGCAGUGAAGCAGAAAGAAGAAGAAAAAACAAAGGUGGACGAGCAGCGUGAACAGCUCCAGAAUAUUCUUAAAUCUCUGGGGUUGAGCCUGGAAGUGGAAGAGAUGAGCAAAUUAGCAGACCGGACUCAGGAGAGGCUGUAUGGGAAGAAGCAUGAAGACACAAGAGUAGAGCAGGAGAGUCGGCAGAGGGGCUCUCAAAGACAUUACAGUAACUGCUCCUCCUCCUCAAGAUCAAGCUCUAGAAGCAACAGUCCAAGCCCCUCUCGCCGUUGGCGCUCGCUCAGCAGAGAACCGAGACGAAGGUCUGAACACAGCGACAGAAGGGGAGAUGGACUGACACGCCAUGACGGUAACGAGGACAGCAAGGAAGAACAGAGGUACAGGGACGAAGGCGAAAAAUACCCCAAAGAAAUCUCUUCUUAUCAACAUCUGUGUCAACAAAACCAUACGAAUACCCAGCCAGAUAACAGUUUACCCCAAGACUCACUGUACACUGCCGACCACAGUGGCAUCAACAGCGCUGAUUUAAGUUCUUACUGGGCACCUACUCAGGGUGCCAUUCCUCCCUUCUUUUAUACUAGCGGGCGUCCUAUUCCACAAAACACCUACCAAAGCUUUCCUGGCUCUGUAGUGGCACCUAACGUGGAUUACCCACAUCAGCGUGGCUCUUUUGACAUCAACCUAUUUGUGAAUCCAGAUCUGUCUAAGAGUGAAGGCCAAACUGGAUCUGCUUCAGGCAGUCGCUGCCUGCAGGUCAUCAGCACUGAGCAGCCGCAAUUCAAUAUAUGGAAGAGACAACGACAACUGAGAGAAAUCCAGAUGGUGGAGAAGGUGGAGGCUCCACAGCUUAAAGAAGAUGACACUAAAGCCGAGCAGUCGGAAGAAAAACGACCGCCAACGGACAAGGAAAUUAAAGCGAACUUGAGGAAAAAGCUUGAAGCGUUUAACCAGAAGAUGAAGCAGAAAGUCACACAGCCAGCCAACUCCCUCUCCCCUCAGACUGGUUGAAGUAAGUAAAUCACAGUGUGACGUUACAGCGUGUGUCUUCAUCAAUGAAUAAAUGUUCCCGCUUUGGACUGCUUCUGUUUCGUAAGCACUGAUCAAAUACAAUGUUUUUCCUCUGCAAUGAUUCAUCGGUACCUAUUUAUGAUUCUACCAAUUUAACAUGAAAUACGUUAAGUUAUGUUAUGAUGCACCAGUUGAGGGAUAAAAACAAAUUCCAACCAACAAAACAUCACAGAAUGUCUUUUUCUUUCUCACUUAAAUUAUAUUGUGAUAAUAUAGAAUUAAAUGUCCAUUAAAAAUUAAGAAAUUAAGUCUUUAUUAACUGCACAAUGAAAAAAGGGAAUUUUGUCAGCAGCAUUGAGUAACUGUCAUUCGGUCUCACGUCUUUUACAUUUUUUUCUCCUUUCUCUGUAGACGUGUGGAUCGUCAUGACGGAUAAUUUGAACCUGCUGUGAGCCCCGACGGACCAUGUGGAUCAUGUUCAACAUUCAUUAUUUACACAUGCAGUUAAUGGUGUUACAGCGCCAUUUAGUAUUUAGUCAUUUCCAGUUUUGUACUGAAUCAUCCUCAAACUCUAACAAGUAUAUUUUAUCUUUCUCAAAAGAAUAUUUUUGUGCCAUUAAUUGCCGGUUUGGGCUGAGACGGGUAUUACCCGUGUCAGCUCCACAUUUCUGUGAAUAUUACUACUUUGUAACUCUGUUUUUAAACGACCGUUUUUUCUUGGUGCUGUAUAGGCUACAUUUGAUUAAACAAAGUAUGUUUUGCAGGCUUUCUUAAUCUGUUGAUGAAUAUAUAUUUUUUUAUAUUAAAAGUGUCAGGUGCAGGUGUUUUCCAUUCAAAUUGCUUUUCCAAGUGAAGUCUUAAAAAAAUAUUGAAACGUUAGUAGUCGAUACUAAAUCGGUGCAGUUCUCUUUCGAGGUCAUUCUGACCAGCUCAACACUGUAAGUUCUUUAACAUUUAGCUGUACGUAAAGUUUAGGCAGACAAAGGACCACUAAAACAAACAAAAACAACCUCAGCUUGCAGAUGUAAAUGAAGCCAAUUGUGACAAUGGAGAGCUAGAAGCUGAAGUCUUUAUUUGUGAAAUGUUCAGUGUACAGUAGAUGAGCCUUUUAUAGACCCUUUGAGUCAACACAGCCUUAACUUUCUCACCACUUUGGACUUACCCUUCAAAGGCUUUGAGACUCAACGGCAAUGUCUCUUUCCAGAAAUUGUGAUUUCAGUUUUUCAAAUGUGUCUUUUGGAGCUUUGAGCACCACAAGCC